AUGGAGUUUGAUCUGAUUGUGCGGAACGGCAAUGUCGUGACGGCGUCGGAUAUUUGGUACAAUUGCGAUAUUGGGAUCAAGAAUGGCACCAUCGUCGCCGUGGCCCGCGACCUCCCCAUCCGUAACGGCGACCAAGUCUCCAUCCUGGACGCCGAGGGCGCCUACAUCACCCCAGGCGGCAUCGACACGCACGUUCACCUGAGCCAACUCUACGAAGCGUCGGUCGACAGUCUCAUGCGCACGCAGAUCACCAACGGCAAGAUCCCCGACCUGGCAAACUACACCAACGACACGUACGACACGGGCACGCGCAGCGCCGUGGCCGGCGGCACCACCACCGUCAUCACCUUUGCGAGCCAGCUGCGCGACGACGAGAGCCUGGUGCCCGUGCUGGAGGAGUACGCGAAGCUCGCCGACGGCCAGUCGUACUGCGACUACGCCUUCCACAUGAUCCUGUCGAACCCGACCAAACACGUUCUUGACGUCGAUCUGCCCAUGAUGGUCGAGAAAUACGGCAUCACCAGCGUCAAGAUAUACAUGACCUACAAGGCCUUCCAGCUCCGAGACUACCAGAUUCUGGAUGUCAUGCACGCGGCGCGCCGCCUGGGCAUUACGACCAUGGUGCACGCCGAGAAUGCCGAUGUCAUUGAUUGGAUGACGGAGCAUCUGGAGGAGCAGGGUAUGACGGCGCCUUAUCAUCACGGGACGUCGAGACCGCCGAUUGUCGAGGCCGAGGCCACGAAUCGAGCCAUUGUCCUUUCUGAGCUCAUGGAUACGCCCAUACUGCUCGUCCACAUCUCCGGCGGACAUGCCACGCGCGUCAUUCGCGACGCCCAAACCCGGCUCCUGCCCGUGCACGGCGAGACCUGUCCGCAAUACCUCUUCCUACUUGCCGACAGUAUGAGGAAGGAAGGCUUCGAGGGUGCCAAGUGCGUCUGCUCGCCGCCCAUCCGCGAAGAGGCGGCUGACCAAGACGCCAUCUGGACGGGGAUCAAGAACGGCACCUUCACCACCCUGUCAUCAGACCACGCACCCAUCAAGUUCGAUCACCCGCAAGGCAAGCUGCGGGGUCUGGCCCACGGAGGCGGCGAACAGGGCAAGUUCCAAUACAUUCCCAACGGACUGCCGGGGGUCGAGACGCGAGUGCCACUGCUGUGGUCCGGCGGCGUGCUCACGGGCCGCAUCACGCCGCAGAAGUUUGUCGAGGUCACGGCGACAAAUCCGGCCAAGCUAUACGGUCUGUCCAACAAAGGCACCAUCGGCCCGGGCUUCGACGCAGACUUGACCAUCUGGUAUCCGCAGGACAAGUUCAAGCCGUUCAAAUUGACCAACGACAUGUUGCACCACGCCAUUGACUACACGCCGUUUGAGGGCAUCGAGUUCAAGAAUUGGCCGAGGUACACGCUGGUCAGAGGCACCGUCGUUUUCAAGGAAGGUGAGGUGGUCGGCAAGUUGGGCUACGGCAAGUAUCAGCACAGGACCAAGAGUACCCUGAGCGGCCCGCGGAAUCAGUUUCUCAGUGAGUGGCGGCCGGUAUAUCCUAUGAAUUAG